AUGCAAGCCUCGGAAAACAUACAAGCACUACCACCUGCCGAGGAGCAGCAGCCGGUAUUUACCGAGCUGUGUGAAGUGGCAUCAAUUGGAAGCAAUGGAUCUAUUCUCUUCGCUACGGACGAUUGGUUUGCUCCGGCGGAAUGGAUGCUAAAGGAUUCGGAGCCUGUAUGUCGCCCAGACGAGUACACACCGUACGGGAAAUGGAUGGACGGUUGGGAAACGCGACGCAAACGCAUUCCCGGGCACGAUUGGUGCAUUGUCGAGCUUGGUGCCCCGACACAGAUUGCUGGUUUUAUGAUUGACACGGCACAUUUCACCGGCAACUAUGUGCCACGUGUGUCCAUCCAGGGUGGUACGCUGGACGAAACGACCAAGCGUAUGCUGCAGUCUUCCAUUCCUCGCCAGCUGCAAUGCGAUGGCGACGCAAACAUCGGUACCGGGCGAACAAUGGAAGAACUGGGAAUGAUGGAGCUGAUCGGAACAGAUCACUGGGAUGUGUUGUUGUCGCGCACGGAGCUAAAGCCGGGCUACGAGCAAACACGCCGACAGCAUUUCAUCGUUCCGAAAGGAAAACAGUCACUAGUCGUUAGCCAUUUACGUGUUAAUAUAUUUCCGGAUGGUGGGAUCGCACGUUUGCGUGUCUACGGUACGGUGAGAAUAAACGUGAGCGACAGUUUGUCUGCGAAGAAACCGAUCGACAUGAUCGCCAUGCUGAAUGGUGGCCGUUGCACUGGAUACUCCAACGCUCAUUAUGGUCAUCCGCGUAAUUUGAUUAAACCCAGCACCGGUAUCAACAUGGGCGAUGGUUGGGAGACGGCACGUCGCCUUGAUCGACCACCUGUUUUGCGGGUGGACGGUGCGGGAAUUCUGCAGGUUCCCGGGAGCGAAUGGGCCAUAUUUGAACUGGGUGCCCCUGAUGGAUGCUGGGUGGAGCGCAUAUGUAUCGACACGAAGCAUUUCAAGGGGAACUUUCCGGAUAAUGUCAGGGUAGAAUAUGCCUGCAAGGGUAAGCAGGAUUUGUGGAUGCCGUUGAUGGAAAGGAAAAAGUUAGGAGCUGAUCGGUUGCACGAGUUUAGUGCCACAGAUUUGCUGCCUCAAGAGAAAGCUGCCUCGUUCGUACGCAUCACCAUUGCACCGGAUGGGGGACUUUCGCGAGUUCGCAUUUUUGGAACGAUAGCAAGAGCAUAGCAAAAAGUUUUCCUACGCAAAUUCGUUGAUCGAUGCUUCAGGAAGAAUGUU